UAUCACUGAUGCACUAAGUAAUUGACAGCUCUUGUCAAUAUUUUGUUUCUAUAUGAUCAUUCAUCAUCAAUGAAUUCCCAAAGUUAGAAUGAAAUUAUUCGACAAAGGAAGAUAAAAUAGAUUUUCCCUCUGACAAAAGACCCAGCCAGAGAAUAGUAGAAUGUCAUUUGCACAAGAUUCCACCACAAAAGGGUUGCAUCACCACCAUACAACAAAUCCAGUUCAAAGAGAACCUGAAGAACAAAAAGUGAACUGUACAAUCUCCCAACUUAUUACCGCAAUUGCUGUCUCCUUAUUAUCUUUGGUAAUUGGAUAUACAACUGCUUAUACUUCUCCGGCUGAAGCUUCUCUCAGGAGGGAUAUGUACUUGAGUGAUGUUGAAAUAUCCUGGAUAGGCGGACUGAUGCCAUUAAGCGCAGUUUUUGGAGGCAUUGUAGGUGGAAUUUCAAUAGAAUUUUGCGGACGAAAAGGAACCCUAUUCCUUAUAAAUGUUAUAUUUCUGAUAUCGUGGCUACUAAUAUAUUAUGCGACAAAUUUUUACUACAUAUAUAUAAGUCGAUGUUUAGCAGGAUGUAGUGUAGGACUGGCAACUCUAACACUACCUGUAUAUUUAGUAGAAACUGUACAACCAGAAGUGAGGGGUGUACUUGGACUGUUACCAAUGACCUUUGGAAAUAUUGGAAUACUUUUAUGUUUCAUAUAUGGAAUAUUUGUUGAAUGGAGAAUCUUAGCAGCAAUUGGAGUAUUACUCUCUCUGCCGUUUUUAGUUUUUUUCCUGUGGAUAAUUCCGGAAACACCUACAUGGUAUAUUCGCAACAAGAAACCAGAUAAAUGUAUCAAAACAUUGGUUUGGUUGAGGAAUCCAAGACAAAACGUGACUGAAGAAUUCAACAAUUUGGUGAGAAUGCAAAACGAACAAAAACCAAGAAACAAAAGAUUAAUCUAUCUCUUCAAGCAGCCCAAUCUCAAGCCUCUGGCCAUAAUUUUAUGUCUUAUGUUUUUUCAACAAUUCAGCGGAAUAAACGCAGUUAUUUUCUACACAACUUCAAUAUUCCGAGCAUCCAGAUGGGAUGUAUCACCAAUAGUGUGUACUACUAUCAUAGGGCUAGUUAAUUUACUAGCAACAUUUCUUGCGAAUGGACUUAUUGACAAACUCGGAAGAAAAGUACUGCUACAAAUUUCGAGUAUAUUGAUGACUAUUGGCUUAGGAUGUUUGGGGUUCUAUUAUUAUCUGAAAGAAAUACUGGUAGUGGAUGUUGAAGAAUUUGGCUUUUUAACUCUUCUCAAUUUGAUAAUAUAUGUCGCUGGAUUUUCAAUAGGCUUUGGACCUAUACCAUGGUUGAUGAUGGGCGAACUGUUGCCAUUCGAAACAAAAAGUCUUGCUGCGUCUCUGGCAACAUCAUUUAAUUGGAUUUGCACAUUCAUCAUAACAGUGACUUUCCCCUCUAUUACUCACAUGUUUGGAUACUUCGCGGUUUUUUGGUUUUAUUGUUGCAUGGUUAUCACUUCUGGUUUACUAACAUGGUUAUUUGUACCGGAAACCAGAGGAAGAACCCUUACAGAUAUUGAAAACAGAUUGUCGGGACAAAAUAUGCAAAAUGUUAAAUCAAUCGCUAUGUUGAAACCCUUUCCUUCCACAACUAUGUGAUUUUGAUGUACAAAAAUACUUGUACAGCAAUAAAAUAAAUUCAAUGUUGAAAUCCUGUUUUAUU